AUGAGUGUCUCUGUGCUGAGCCCCACUGGACUCCGAGGCAGUAUGUCUGGGCUCUUCAAAGCAGCCUCCCUGCUUGGCCUGGCUCUGCUAUUGCUCAAGGCAGCCCAGCUCUAUCUGCGCAGGCGUUGGUUACUCAAAGCCCUACAGCAUUUCCUGUCACCUCCCUCACACUGGCUGUGUGGGCACAAGCAUGAGUUCCAAAAGGAUCAGGAGCUACAACAGUUGCUGAAAUGGGUAGAAAAAUUUCCGUGCGCCUGUCCUCAAUGGCUAUGGGGGAGCAUGGCUGUCUACGCUGACUAGAUGAAGGUGAUUCUGGGGAGAUCAGACCCAAAGCUUCAUGAUGGCUACAGAUACCUGGCCCCCUGGAUUGGGUAUGGUUUACUUCUGUUGAAUGGGCAGACAUGGCUCCAGCACCGGCGGAUGUUGACUCCAGCCUUCCACUACGACAUCCUGAAGCCUUACAUUGGGCUCAUGGCUGACUCAGUCCAAGUUAUGCUGGACAAGUGGGAAAAGCUUAUAACCCAGGACCCCUAUGUGGAGCUCUUUGAACAUGUCUCCUUGAUGACCCUGGACACCAUUAGGAAGUGCGCCUUCAGCUAUCAGGGCAGCUUCCAGUUGGACAGGAACACCAGCUCCUACAUCCAGGCUGUUGGGAACCGGAACAAGUUAUUGUUUCCACGCUUGAGGAAUGCCUUCUACCAGAGUGACUUCAUCUGCAGGCUGACCCCUGAUGGCCGCUUGACACUCCAUGCCUGCCAGGUCGCACAUCAGCACACAGAUCAAGUGAUCAAGCUGAGGAAGGCUGGUCUGCAGGAGGAAGGAGAGUUGGAAAAGAUAAGGAGGAAGAGACACUUGGAUUUCCUGGACACCCUCUUGUGUGCAAAAAUGGAGAACAGAAACAGCCUGUCUGACCAGGACCUUCAAGCUGAAGUAACAUUCAUGUUCAAGGGCCAUGAGACCACAGCCAGUGGUAUUUCCUGGAUUCUCUUUGCCCUGGCCACGCACCCUAAACAUCAGCAGAAAUGUCGGGAGGAAAUCCAGAGCUUCCUGAGGGAUCGAGCCUUCAUCACAUGGGACCACCUGGGCCAUAUGCCCUAUACCACCGUGUGUGUCAACAAGGCUCUGCGACUGUACCCUCCUGUGCCAAGCGUUGGCAGGGUUCUCAGCAAGCCCAUCCCCUUCCCGGAUGGAUGUUCCUUACCCAAAGGAAUCAGAGUCUCACUGAACUUUUAUGCCCUUCACCACAGCCUGAAGGUGUGGUGGAACCCCGAGGUGUUUGAUCCUCCCAGGUUUGAGCCAGGCUCUGCUUAACAUAGCCACUCCUUCCUGCCCUUCUCAGAAGGAUCAAGGAACUGCAUUGGGAAGCAGUUUGCCAUGAACAAGCUGAAGGUGGCCAUAGCCCUGACCCUGCUCCAUUUUGAGCUGUCACUGGAUCCCACCAGGGUUCCGAUCCCUGUUCCAGAAAUUGUGUUGAAGUCCAAGAAUGGGAUCUACCUGCACCUGAAGAAGCUCCUCUAA